AUGACGAUGGCAGACCCGACCGACGCGGGCGACGCCGCGACGGAUUUGGCGUGCGUGAGGGAGAUGAGGGAGAGCGCGAGCGAGAGGCUGAGGGGGUGGCCGACGACGGCGGAGGAGGACGAGGACGCGUUGGCGGGCGGCGGCGGCGCACAGCUGUCGCCGCGCGCCGAGUUGUGCGUGCGGUACCGGCUCGCGCAGAAGCGAAACGUGCUCGGGUGGGCGCGGUUCUUGGAUCGCGUCGAGAGCGACCUCGUCGCGUCGGGCGGCGGCGACGGCGGGGGGGGGACGUGA